AAAUGACCUUGAAGUGAGUUAAAUUGAAAACGAAAAAGGAAGUGUUUCACAAUUUAAACUUUAGAAUGAGGAAAAAUAUAUUUUAAGAGAAAUAAUGCUAAAAAGCAUUGUCAAACAGAUUUAGUAAAUUACAUAUGGAAUAUUUACUAUCCGUUGGGGGAUACGUAAUUUCGUAUACUGUGUGUCAAUUGCAUGGAUAAAUUAAAUUAAAAACGUCACCAUGGCUAAUGUGACAAAAUCAUUGACAGAACUCCAAAAGUCGGAUAAAUACCAACGAGCUCUAUCACUCAACUUAGACUGUGGUUCAGAUACUCUUCGCAAGCUGAUUGAUACUAUUUUAGAUUCAAAGAACGUGACUUUGAAGAAACAUCUACAAGAUGUUGCUGUACAGACCAAACUGAACCAGCUAAAAAAGAGAAAGAUAAUUUAUAGCGAGCAGCUUAAACAGCUGAACUCUAAAAAGCCAGACUUGCUUUGUAUGGAUAUUUCUUUACUAACAAUUGUUUUGCUAGAACUGAUUUCAACAACAACCACACAAGUCAGUAAUAUAACGAAACUUCGUCAGAAGAGAAAUGAGUUGGCACACAUGUCUCGCUCUCAGCUUGAUGAUGAUAUUCCCUUCAAUGAAGCAAGUCAGAUUAUUACCGAUCUGUCGAAGGAUGUAAGUCCAGAGUUUGAAUCUGAAAUAAAAAUUCAAAUUCAAGAGCUGAAAAGAAGGGAACUUGUUUGUACACACAGCAACCUUGACGUAGUGAAACUUCAUAACGAGUCGCUGAUGGUAAAAUUAGUGGAGGGUGGUGAGGAUGUGAAAGGUAAGAUUUAA